UAUCAUAUGACGAGGUGCCAAGUGUCGAACCAAAACAGACGAGAGGACGUGGACUGGGUUCUCAACAUAAGCUCCCUCGUCAUGGACGUGAAUGAGGUGAUCAAGAGAGCCAAGAGAGCUUUUGAUGGAUAUAUAUCGUACCGCAAAGCCGUCUUAGUCGUACUAGUGAUCCUGGUGAUCUUGCUGUACAGCGGCCCAUCACUCUUCCGCCUCGUCACCAACCGCAGGCCAGUUCUGGCAGGUGAGGACUCGGCCAGCCGGAGCCUGUCGCUGCGGCUGGACCGCUUCUGGCAGGCGGUGCAGGACCAUGAUGCACACAUCCUACACGUGCCGCCACUGCCCGAGGAGGAGCCCUUCCUACCAUAUGUGGGGAAUGGGCUGCUGGGUGUGUCACUCGACCAGGAAAGCCCUAUCUACAUCCGUAGCGGCAGGACACUCUCGCUGCCUGUUAAUUACCGCCCCAUCACGCUUGUGUCAGUUGAUGGCAUGAGUGUGAAGGAGGCCAUAGUAACAGAGUAUACGACAGGCACGGUACACCGCCUGCAGUCAUGGGACCAACCUGGCAUUGGGCCCCUUGAUGUCACUUACAAACUGUAUGCCCAUCGCACUAUGCCCUCGCUCCUCCUUCAGGAUAUUAAGAUCACGAACCCUACAGACCAGGAUGCGAUUGUGGACGUGGAGCAGAUGGGCCUCGGGGACUGGCCUUCGGCUGCCACUGAGUCCAUCAAACUCCAGCAUGGGGAGGGGGAGCAUGAGUAUGUGGUCAUCUCAGGCAGUGUGGACGUGCCAGACUCCAAGAGCGUGGUUCCCGUAGCCCUCAUAACCCUGAAAGUGCCCUCCAGCCUACAGAUCAAGUCGAAAAUGUCUGCGACUUUGCAUGUGGUAACUGCCCUCAACUACUCUGACCCAAUUCCCCGCAAGGCAUACGUCUCCUCAGUCAAGAACAGGGCCUCUGAGGCUGCAUUAGCUGUGCUGAAACGCGCAGUGACAGGCAACAUCAAGCGGUUGCGCACAGACCACUCGCUCGUGUGGAAGGACCUCUGGUCGUCGGGUUUCUUCAUCAGCCACUCCAAGGCAGAAAGCGCACUUAAUGGCAACCUCAUCAAUGCCACGCUCUAUCAUGUGCUGUCGCAGGCUAGAGCGCCACUGCAUGAGGUCACAACCACAGACGAGCAGAGGGCGUCCAUCCUGACUGAUAUUGCGUAUGCAGAGGGCUGCUACGGGGGCCACCAGACGCUGGAAGCUGAGCGUCUCUGGUCUUCCCUGGAUACGAUUACCAAUGUAAACAAGGUCGUGGGAUACUGGAUGGUCACCUUGGAGAAGCAGGGCUGCCACCAGCUUGUACGUGCAGGGGCUAAUGGCGUCAUGCAGGCCAUGCUGCUCAGCUUUGGGGGCUUGCGCUUCAAAAACCAGCACCUCGAGUUCACUGCGCAGCCUAAGGAUCUGCACAGAGACUACCAUUUUAGGAGAAUAAGCUAUGGUAAUGCAACACACCUCAACUUGACGGUGGUGGUGCAGGAGGAGGACUACAAGGCAGUGGUUUACGUGGCCGUCGACCGCUCAGACCGCAGCUACUACGCUUGUGAUGCCGGCUGCCUCGACCAGCUUGUGGAACUGCGGCAAGAGAAGCAGAUGUUUCCAGUAAAGCUGACGGAGCCAGUGACUCCCAUCUUGUAUAUCACAUCUGACCGAGCGCACUUGGAGGAACUCAAGCACACCAUCCACGUGAAGGAGAUUGCUUUGGCUCCCCCACAUGAGCAUCACGUGAUUGCCAUGCACAAACACGGCCACAAGUGGGGGGGGUUGCCCACGGUCUUCUGGCUCACCAUUGUGGCUCUCAUUGUCAUCUUCCACCUGUUCCUCAUCAAACUCGUCAUUAAUGAGUACUGUGGUGGUGACGUCAAGGUCAGAUACAGUUAUCGGACUUCUAACUACUAUAGAAAUGUGAAGAUACUGUGAAUACUACAAAAAUAAAAAGCCAAGAAGAAAAAUAGAAAAAACAAAAAUGUAUAAAAAAAAAGGUUUGUAAAGUGUGUAUAAUUCCAGAUGUACACUCCCUUGACGGUUGUAUUUUUUGUACACAAAAGAAGCGCGGUGUAAAUAGAUAUCGUUGAGCGUUUAGGGUAAAUAGAAAGCCAAGUUUUUUUCUUUUUCUUUUUCUUUUUUUUUUUGCAAUUAUAAUGAACAUGUACUUGUAAUUUGUAAUGUUCACAUGCUGCUUUGUUUUAUGAAUUUCACAAACCAAGUGCAAGUUUUGUAUUUUACAAAAAUGCAUGCACAUGCAUUCACGCACAUGCACACGUACAUGUGCACACACACACACACACACACACACACA